UUGGCCGCUCCGUGCGUGUCGUGUCCCGGUCCCGCCUCUCUGCCCGCGUGCAGCACGCAUCCCGCAGACGCCCGAGGUGCUCGGGUUGGGAGCCUGAGACCCCGGGGUCCGCAUCAGAGCUCGCGGUGGCACUUGCCAAGAUGCCCGUGAAGAAGGCGCGUAAGAACGCGCAACCGAGCCCGACGCGGACUCGGGCAGAGAUCGAAGAGGAGUGUGCCCUUCAACUCAGGAGACUUGGAGACAAACUGCAUUUCCAGCAGAAACUUCUGAAUCUGAUAGCCAAACUUUUCCGCUCAGGAACUUGACUACAUCAAAAACUUUGCAUGAGGAGACUCCUUCAAAAGGGAAGUUUCCCGAACUAGGUACAAAUUUCAUCAAU